AUGGAAAUGGGCUCAGCAUUGAUUUUUCUGGGAACGGGAAGUUCGGGAUCGGUUCCAUCCCUGAGUUGCCUCAUCAACCCUUCAGAUACUCCAUGUCCUGUUUGCACUCAAUCACUCUCCCUCCCACCUCACUCCAACCCUAACUACAGGUGCAAUACCUCUCUGUUAAUCAAAUAUUAUUCUCAAACUGAUGCCACUCACAAAUAUAUAUUGAUUGAUGUUGGCAAGACCUUCAGGGAGGCUGUACUUAGGUGGUUUGUUCACCAUCGCAUUCCCAGAGUAGAUUCUAUUGUUUUGACUCAUGACCAUGCCGAUGCAAUCCUUGGAUUGGAUGAUAUACGUGCUGUGCAGCCAUUUAGUCCUACAAAUGAUAUUGAUCCCACCCCAGUUUACUUGUCUCAGCGCUCAAUGGAUAGCCUGGAAAAGGUCUUUCCUUAUUUGGUUCAGAAAAGACAGAAAGAAGGACAAGAAAUACGAAGAGUAUCUCAGUUUUGCUGGAACAUAAUUGCUGAAGAUUGUAAUCAACCAUUUUUUGCGUCGGGCUUAAAAUUGAUUCCUUUGCCAGUAAUGCAUGGAGAGGAUUAUAUCUGUCUGGGUUUCCUUUUUGGUAAUAGAGAUAGGGUGGCUUAUAUUUCUGAUGUUUCACGGAUUCCGGCUAGUACAGAGUAUGUCAUUUCGAAAAGUGGGGCUGGACAGUUGGAUCUUCUUAUAUUGGAUUCGUUGAAAAAGACUGGAUCACAUAAUGUUCACUUUUGCCUUCCACAGGCUCUUGAAACUGUGAAGAGGUUAUGUCCAAAGCAAACGCUAUUGAUUGGAAUGACUCACGAGUUUGAUUACUACAAGGACAAUGAUUUUUUAAUGGAGUGGUCUAGAAGCAAUGAGCUUAGAAAGAAGAAUCUCUCCGACUCAUGGAAUACCAUAAUCAUCCAAAUGAAUAUCAUCAUUGGGUGGGAGAGAACAAUGGGAGAGAGCAAGGUAUUUGGAAGGGAUGUCUAG